UGCUCUACUAUAAAGAGCGGGGACGGGUAGCGGAGAGAAACGCGCGAGUUAAUGCGAGCGCGCCCGCAUCGCCGCCCUAGGCCCGAGGGACGGAGGAGAGGAAGGAGAGGGAGCCCCAGAAGAGCAGCCAUGGCGCCGGCGGAGCUCCGCAUCCUGGCCGUGCUCUCCUCCCCGCUUCCGCUCCGUGUCCUGCUGCUACUUUCGCUCCUCUCAGCCGUCGACGUUGUAUCGGCGGCGGCGCCGCCACUCAAGUUCGGGAUCAACUACGGCCAGAUCGCGAACAACCUCCCGCACCCGACGCAGGUGUCGGGCCUCCUGCAGUCGCUCAACGUCAACCGCGUCAAGCUCUACGACGCCGACCCGGCCGUGCUCACGGCCUUCGCCGGCACGGGCGUGGAGUUCAUCGUCGGGAACGAGGACCUCCAGAACCUGACCGACGCACGCAAGGCCCGCGCCUGGGUGGCGCAGCACGUGCAGCCGUUCCUCCCCAACACGCGCAUCACCUGCAUCACCGUCGGCAACGAGGUGCUCUCCGGCAAGGACACGGUCGCCAUGCAGAACCUCCUCCCGGCCAUGCAGGCCGUGUACCAGGCCGUGGUCGCCCUGGGCCUCGCGUCGCAGGUGAACGUCUCCACGGCGCACUCCGUCAACAUCCUCGCCAGCAGCUACCCGCCGUCGUCGGGCGUGUUCCGGGAGGAGCUCGGGCAGUACAUCCAGCCCAUCCUCAACUUCCACGCCGAGGUCGGCUCGCCGUUCCUCAUCAACGCUUACCCGUUCUUCGCCUACAAGGCCAGCCCCGGCAGCGUGUCCCUGCCGUACGUGCUGUUCGAGCCCAACCCCGGCGUGGUCGACCCCAACACCAACCUCACCUACGACAACAUGCUCUACGCCCAGAUCGACGCCAUGUAUGCGGCCAUGAAGGCCAUGGGCCACACGGACCUCACCGUGAGGAUCUCCGAGACCGGGUGGCCGUCCAAGGGGGACGAAGACGAGGUGGGCGCCACCGUGGCCAACGCCGCGGCGUACAACGGGAACCUGAUGAAGAGGAUCGCCAUGGGCCAGGGGACGCCGCUCAGACCGGACGUGCCUAUCGAUGUGUUCGUGUUCGCGCUCUUCAACGAGGACAUGAAGCCAGGCCCGGCGUCGGAGAGGAACUACGGGCUGUUUUACCCCAACGGCACGCCAGUGUACAACCUCGGGUUCAACGGAGCGUCCUUCAGUCCGUCGCCGACGCUCUCUUCUUCUUCCAAGCCGACGAUUACAUUUCUGAUGGCGGUUGUUGUCCUACUCUCCGGCUUUUUCCUAUGACCUACAUCAGUUUUGUGGCGAUAAGAUUUGCUAUUUUCUGACUAACCCAUUUGUGCUUGCAUCGGACAUCAUACUACCUGCCAGAGCCCAUAAUCUGACUUUGAGGUAAGCUGAUCUUGGUCGUAUUCCUGAGACAUUUUGAUAAUUUUUUCUUUCUAAAGCUGUUUUCUCUAGCUAGCCUUUGUACGAAAACUUACAAGUCUUCUUUUCUUGUUAUAUAUGGACGCAUCAGUUGCUUGCAUUGAAAGCAUUUUUACAUAACAAAUAAAAAAUGUAUAGUAUUUUAUAUAGAAGCAAUGUUUUGGAACAAGUCUACUAGGCCGUGCAUUCAGUUGUGUACGUACAUCCAAUUAAAACAGACGGUGAACAAGGAACUGGGUGGUCCUCUGUACUCGUUAGGCUGCACAAUUGGUCGGACUAAUUGACUAAGUGGUAAUUAAGAUUAUCCUCACAACAUCAUACAACUAUAAGCUCCUAAUCUGGUUCCUGAGAAAAGUUUUAGGCCAUGACAUCGAGUAGUUUGUCAACCUUUGUCAGACAUGAUGUUAGGUGGUCGGUCAUCCUGCCCUGGAGGCAACAUAUAUGUUUGGCCGUUUUCGCCUCCGGCGCGGCAAUGCCACGGAUGUCUUCGGUUAGCCUGUUCCUCAGGGAGGCAGACCGGUGGUUGAUCGGUUCUCUCGCUGUCGAUGCCCUGGGAGCUCUGAACCGACCAACCAAAGAGGACCGCCUUGCUCGCGUCAUCUCGAAAAGAAUCCAAUAAGCAUUGGGCACGGAAGAGCACACGCAUGAGAGCGUCCUUCCAUCUGAUGGCUACUUUUCAGAAGCAUCCGUUCCUUUGGCAAAACCUGGAGCAUGUUGUUGUUGAGCGCCCGCUGUUGUCGCCAAACCUUGAGAACAGGGCGUUUUCUGAGAGUUCCAGACUACCUACCUUUUCAAAAUGAACAAGUGUUCCAUUUAGUGUACAGCACACGGUUUGGUCAAUUAAGGACAAGCACUCAAGCAGGAGUCUGCCCCUCUUUUGUUUACUAUAUAUAUGGUCUGUUGAUUA